CUCCUGCAAUCUUAAUUGUGGUGCGCCAGGAGAAGCUAAAAGUUGUUCAAAUAUGGCGAAUCAAGGCAUUGAUACUUCAUCUGCAAGAAAAGGCCCAAUCACUCAUGUAAUCUUUGACAUGGAUGGACUUCUUCUAGACACUGAGAAAUUCUAUACGGAGGUCCAGGAGAUUAUACUUGCUAGGUAUAAUAAGACUUUUGAUUGGUCACUCAAGGCAAAGAUGAUGGGGAAGAAGGCAAUAGAGGCUGCCAGGGUCUUUGUUGAAGAGACAGGAAUAAGUGAUUCACUUACAGCUGAAGAUUUUCUUGUAGAGAGAGAGGAAAUGUUGCAGAAAAUGUUCCCCACAAGUGACCUCAUGCCAGGGGCCAGCCGCCUGAUUCAUCACCUUCAUGAAAAUGGGAUACCAAUUUGUGUUGCUACGGGUACUCACACGCGGCACUUUGAUUUGAAAACUCAAAGACACAGUGAACUUUUUUCACUAAUGCAUCAUAUCGUUCGCGGUGAUGAUCCAGAAGUUAAACAAGGGAAGCCAUCACCUGAUAUAUUCCUUGCAGCUGCGAACAGAUUUGAGGGUGGACCAGUAGAUCCACAGAGGAUUCUUGUAUUUGAAGAUGCGCCCUCUGGUGUCCUUGCAGCCAAGAAUGCUGGAAUGUCAGUGGUUAUGGUUCCAGAUGCAAGGUUGGAUAGUCAGUAUCAUCAAGUCGCUGAUCAGGUUUUGAAUUCUUUACUUGAUUUCAGCCCAGCCGAUUGGGGAUUGCCUCCAUUUGAAAAUGCAUCAACUAAACUCGAUUAGUUUAGUUUGAUCAUGAUCCUAAAGUUCCCAAACAGAGCCUAUUAUGAGUUCAAAAUUCAGAUUUUGGGGGGUUUGCCUCUAGUUGUUAUUCAUAGAAUAUUCAGCUUCAAUUAUUUAUUUUAGAUACUAAAGUCCCCUUUAUGUUGAAAUGAAGAAACUAUGGAUUUGU